ACACAAUGUCAUUAAAAACCCAAAAUCAAAAACCCUAAAAAACCAAAAUCCACCCAUCAAAAAAUAUCUCAAUCAAACAUACCCCCAUUUCUCAAAAAUCUUUCCUCCUCACCUAUAGAUAUACAAAAUAUAUAAAAAAAUGUAUAAAAACCAGCUGCAAGAGCUGGCACAAAGGAGCUGUUUUAACUUGCCAUCAUACACAUGUAUCAGAGAAGGCCCAGAUCAUGCUCCGAGGUUUAAGGCGGUGGUUAACUUUAACGGCGAAACAUAUGAAUGCCCAAAUUAUUGUACUACUUUAAGACAAGCUGAACAUUCUGCUGCUGAGGUGGCACUUAAUGCCCUUGCUAAUAAUGGUCCUUCUAAUUCUCUUGCUGCUAGAAUCUUGGAUGAAACAGGGGUGUACAAGAACCUUUUGCAAGAAGUUUCUCAAAGAGUAGGAGCGUCAUUACCAAGAUACACAACCUUCAGGUCGGGUUUUGGCCGUUUCCCUCUUUUCACCUGCACUUUAGAGUUAGCUGGCUGCAUAUUUACAGGUGAACCAGCAAAGAACAAGAAGCAAGCUGAAAAAAAUGCCGCCAUGUCAGCUUGGUCCUCUCUCAAAUUCAUGGCCCAGCAAUCAGAAAAUUCAUCAUUACAAAAAGGGAACUUCGAGGAGCAAGAACAUGUCACUGUGGCUCGUGCUUUACAGAAAUUUAGAUUAAAGGCAAAAAUGUCUAAUGUGCCCUUUCCAAUCCAAUUUCCAGCGCCAAAACCAAAACUACUCUCUGCACAGUCAACUUCAUCCACAUCAUCAAAAAUACUUCCUUUGAUAUGCCCAAAAACUAACCUUCAAAGUAGGCCUGAUCCAACCAUAUUGAAUGAUGUCCAAACCUGCACAAAAACAGAAACUCUGAAUGCAGCCCGACCCCACAAGUUCCCUGCAGCUGAAGCAGCACCUUAUGUUCCUGUGAGACACUUUAGGGCUCAUCAUGGAAUGGCGCCACCUGUGACUAUACGUAAUGCAAUUCCCUGUUUCUCUGCCCCACCUUGUAAUCCGCCACAUAUGCAGCAUAAUCAGCUUCUUCCACAGUUUCAGAGGCCACCCAUGCAUGGUGCACCACCUCCUGUCACCAUCCGACAAGCUGUGCCAGUUUUCUCAGCUCCUGAAGCUACUAAAACUUCCAUUAAGGUGGUGGCAACCCCAAUACUGCCAGUAGAAGAGAAGGUGAAUGCAGGGCUCAGGUUGAAUGCUACAGAUCCUUUGAAACCUACAACCACAUCAGCAGCGUCACUAGAAGUCAAGGAAGAUCCUAUGAAACCUUGUGCCACACCAGUAUCACUAGAGGAGAAGAGUUGUGUACCAGUGAUGUUGCAGACACUAAAGAAAGAGGAGAGGAAAGUACAAGAGUCGAGUCUGGUAGAGAACAUAAAAGAUCUGCGAAUUUGAUAUAUCGGGUAGGAUUACUGCCUUUUUAUUCUUUAUACUAGCUCUUAUUUUCUGCAACAUAAAUGUAGGAUAUCUUGUUUCAAGAUCUUAAUGAACCCGUUGUCAGUGUUAACUAUUGGCCCGACUAGUAUGUUGGUUAUGGACCAUCAACCAUGUACGUUUUGUGAUAAGGGUACAUAUCCUUGCAGAGAUGCUGGAAAUUCAGACAACUAGGUGUAGGUAUUGGCGCACUUUUUUGCCUUCUAGUAUGAUCAAUUUGCCGUCUAAUUUAGUUUGAGAUGUACAAGAUGUGAAGCCCUUUGAUGCAAUGGCUAAUGAUCUGUUUGUUUUCUGCUUUA